AUGGCAAGCAAGACAUGCAACGUCGGCGUCGUGGGCUAUGGCAUGUCGGCCAAGGUCUUCCACAUCCCCUUCAUCACCACGACGCCGCAGCUCAGGCUGCACAGCAUCGUCCAGCGCGCGCCCAGGGACGGUAGCUCGGCGCCCCAGGACCACCCCGGCGUCAAGCACCACACGCGCGUCGAGGCCCUGCUCGCCGACGCCGACGUCGACGUCGUCGUCGUCACCACGCCGCCCAACAGCCACUUCGAGCUCACAAAGGCCGCCCUCGAGGCCGGCAAGCACGUCUUGACGGAGAAGCCCUUCGUGCCGACGGCUGCCGAGGCCGACGAGCUCAUCGCCGUCGCCCGCAAGCACAACCGCCUGCUGUGCGUCUACCAGAAUCGUCGCUGGGACUCGGACUUCCUGACCGUCAAGCACCUCGUCUCCCGCGAGACCCUAGGCCGCGUCGUCGAGUUCAACACCCACUUUGACCGCUACCGCGCCGCCGGCCCCUCCAACUGGAAGGCCGAGCUCGGCCUCGACUCCGGCGGAGGCGCCCUCUUCGACCUCGGCACCCACCUCGUCGACCAGGUUUACGCCCUCUUCGGCAUGCCCUCGGCCGUCCACGGUCGCCUCAUCUCGCAGCGAUCCGGCAAGGCCGACUUCUUCAACCCCGAUUGCGUCGCCGCCGAGCUGACCUACCCCGACGGCAUGCUCGCCAACGUCCGCAUCAGCGCCCUCAGCGCCGAGCUGGUCCAGCCGCGCUUCUGGAUCCGCGGAUCCCAGGGCAGCUUCCACAAGUCGGGUCUCGAUCCGCAGGAGGACCAGCUCAAGGCCGGCAAGGCGCCUACCGAUGCCGCCUUUGGUCGCGACGCCGCCACGAGCAUGCGACUCUUUCUCGCGAGCAAAGACGACAAGGUGACGGAGGAACAGGUGCCCCAGCUCGAGCCUGAGACCUAUCGAGCCUUUUACGCCGCCUUUGGAAAGGCCGUCGUGACGGGUGACGAGGAGCACGUGCCCGUCAAGGCCGCCGAGGCCCGCGAUGUGCUGCGUAUCCUCGAAGGCAUCGUCGAGAGCGCCAAGACGAACAAGGAUGUCCUCUUCGCCUAG